AUCUCUCCAGACAAACAGAUGCUACGUGUAAAGUCCUUCCCCAGAAUAUCCCACGCAUAUAUUCCCUUCUCUUCCCAAUUUAGAUCUAUCCAGAGCUCCAAUCACUCACUGUCUCUCUCUCUCUCUCAAAAUUUGGGCUCAGACUGUCAAAAAUCAGAAUCGAGUGUUCAUAAUUAUCCGUAUCUUUCUAGUUUGAGCGGUGAUAAAAGAUUGUGUUCGAUUCGCUUAUAAAUUGAUAUUAUUUAGAGAAAUUCAAUGGAUACCAAUAAUUGGAGGCCCGAUCCGAGUCAAGGCCCCAUAGGAGGAGGAGCAGAAGCAGUCGGAGGCGGGGCAGAGCCCACCAUGGACACCGGCGAUUGGAGGACCCAAUUGCCGCCCGAUUCUCGUCAAAGAAUUGUGAACAAAAUAAUGGACACGUUGAAGAGGCAUCUUCCAGUUUCCAGCCAACUCAAGACCAUAGCCACAAGGUUUGAGGAAAAGAUUUAUGCUGCUGCCACAAGCCAGUCAGAUUAUUUACGAAAAAUAUCUCUGAAGAUGCUUACAUUGGAAACUAAGUCUCAGAAUCCUAUAGCCAAUUCUUUGCCAUCCAAUGCUGUUGUCAGUAGCAAUAAGCCCCCGGAUCCAGUGUCUCUAGAUUCCACGUCUCAGACAGGACAUGCAAAUGGGGUUGAUUGGCAAGAGGUGGUUUAUCAAAAGAGAAAUUCAAUGGUUACCAAUAAUUGGAGUCCCAAUCCGAGUCAAGGCCCCUUAGGAGGAGGAGCAGGAGUAGAAGCAAUCGGUGGCGGCGGAGAACCCACAAUGGACACCGGCGAUUGGAGGACCCAAUUGUCACUCGAUUCUCGUCAAAGAAUUGUGAACAAAAUAAUGGACACAUUGAGGAGGCAUCUUCCAGUUUCCGGCCAAGAGGGAUUACUUGAACUCAAGAAAAUAGCCAUAAAGUUUGAGGAAAAGAUUUAUGCUGCUGCCAUAAGCCAGUCAGAUUAUUUACGAAAAAUAUCUCUGAAGAUGCUUACAAUGGAAACUAAGUCUCAGAAUCCUAUAGCCAAUUCUUUGCCAUCCAAUGCUGAUGUCAGUAGCAAUAAGCCCCCAUAUCCAGGGAUGCAUGGUCUGCAAUUUCAAGUUCAUAAUCAGGGGCAAUCACCUCCUAACCCACUUUUGGCUGAUCAGUCUCAAGCAUGCCAACAACUGUCAUCCCAAAAUAUUCAGAAUAGCAUUCCAUCUACUGAAGUUCCAAUCAGUGCCAAUUUUCCAUCUGCAAUGCCUCCAAUCUCUGGUUUAAACCAGACUUCUAUCCGAAAUGUUGUUGGUCAGGAUAUGAAUGUGCAGAAUAUAUUUGGCACUUCACAAAACUUGGUGUUUGCAAAUAAUCAGUGGCAGAUGCAAGGAAGGCAUCAAGAAGUUCCCCUGCAGCAGCAACAGUCGCAGAAUCCACAGCAGAAUCUUUACCAGCAGCAGUUGCAACAGCAGCUUUUAAAGCAGAAGUUACAGCAGGGAAGUAUCCCACAUUUACUCGUGCAACCGCACAUCCAGCAAAAGAAAACACAGCAACUGCAGCAGCAGCAAAAUCUAUUAGGGGCCAAUCAGUUGCAAUCUUCUCAGCAAUCAGUCAUGCGAACAUCAUUUUUUGUGCAGCCUUCUGUGACGCAAUCGUAUCCUCUCUCUGGUCUUCAGCAGAAUCAGCAGCCAUCUAUUCAACAGGCAACACAGUCUAUGGUUCAGCAAUACCCUCAAUCAGUUCUCAUGCAGCAGCAACAGCCACAACAGGCUGCUGUUCUUCAUCAACAUCAAACACCGAUGCAGCAGCAGCCAGUAUUGCCUCCUCAGCAGCAGCUGAUGGGCCAACUGUCAAAUGCUUCAAAUAUGCAACAGGACUUAUUACUUUCACAAUGGAGUGGUGUUGGGAACAUGCAGCAGCAUCAGCAGCAGUUGGGCUUUCGAAGUACUAUUUCUGUGUUACAGCGCCAGCAACCACAGUUGCUUGGAACUCAGUCUAUUAACUCAAGUAUGCAAACUAAUCAUCACCCAGAACACAUGCUACAACAGUCUGGGUUUCUGCUUCAGUCACAAUCACAGCAGAGCACACCCGAUUUACUACCAACUCGAGGGAAGCAGUUACAAUCACAGCGACAGCCACCACAGCAACAGCGGCAGCAAUUGAUAUAUCAGAUUCAGUCCCAACCUUCAGAGUUGCACCAGGAACCAAAUUCAUUGCAUAGGGAUCUGUUGUUGCAUAGGCUUCAAGCAUCGGGCCAAGAAUCAAGCUUCAAGUAUCACAUUUGGCUUUUAUUUGGUUUAGUAAUUAUAUGCACUUCAAUUUAUUUCAUAUUCAAGAUUUUGGGUGAUAGCUAAGGAUAACUACCCAAUGAUGGAUAAGGAUAACUAUCCAUUUCCUUCAGGAUUAAUGGUGGUAGUUGAUUGUGAUUAAGUUGUAAGUGUGUGAUUCUCGUAAAGUCACUUGAACAAUGGUAACAGGAGGUAUGUUUUAUUAUUCCGUCGCAUAUACUAUGCUUGAAUUUCCAACAUUAUGUCAACAAAGUCUCUUUUGUGCUA